AUGAAAGCAUCUGAACCAUUAAAAUGCCCAAUUCAUAACAAACCUCUAGCUUAAAUCUGUAUAGAUGAAAAAUGUGAGCAAUAACCUUAUUUAUGCGUGGAUUGUCUUUAAACUCAUUAAUGUCCUCGUUAUGAUAUAUAAAAUGGAAUUGAAGAAUUUGCUAAAAAAUUGAAUGUUAAUUUAAGUUAAUUUGAAAAGAUGUCAUGUCAAUUCAAAACCUUAGAUACUGAAUAAUUUGUAUCAUUUAUAAAAAUUUAAAAGUAAAGUGUUGGUGAAAAAAUGUAAUAAAUAAAAUAAUAAUUAAUGCAAAAAUGUGAUUUUUUAGAAAAAAAACUUUAAGAAUAAUUGGAUGAAUAAGUAAUAAUUUAUAAUAAAAAUAUACAACAAUUUAAAUAACAAUUAAAAGAAACAGAAAAAUUUUCAUAACUUUAAAAAUAAUCAGAUUUAUCAAAACUCAAUUUAAUUUUAGGUGUAAAAUUACUUAAUCAUAAUGAUCCAAUAAAUGCAAUGAAAAAAUUUAAAAUUCAAUUGUAGAAUUAUACAACAUUUUUUAGUAGUGGUAAAAUUAGAUAAUUAUAAGAGUAAUUGAUUGUUUUGUAAAGUUAAACAACUCAUCCACCAACAUUCAAAAGUUAAGAAUUCUAAAAAUAUGAAUACAAUCAAUUAAUUAAUUGUUUUGAUUAAUAUUUAUAGAAUAUUGAGUUAAAUAUCAAAACAUUCAUAAGAUCAUUUCCAAUUACAGAUUUUGAUUAAAAAAAUGUUUAAAUAAAACAAAGUAAAAAAGAAUAGAAAUUAAUUGAAGAGGAAUAAUGUAUUACUAGUUUUGUAAUUGUAUAAAAUAAUUUGAUUUAUGCAUUAAAUGAUAUGACAAUAAAAUUAAGAGGUUAAUAAUUUAAUUAAGUUGAAACAAUUCAAUGUGAAACUUAGAUAAAUUGUAUAAUUGAGAUUAAUUGUGAAAUAAAAGUGGAGGCAUAAUAAAGUUUAGUGAAUAAAUCAUAAUAUUUAGAUUUUAAUAAACCUACUUAAUUAGCUUUGGGAGGAGAUGAUUUUACUUUGAUAUGGAAUUGUUCAUAAUCAAAUAUUCACUAAAUAAGAAAACUUAAACAUUAAAGAAUGAGUAAGGUUUUUUGUUUAUUAAGUUUUGAUAAUUUAUUAUUAGUUGGGGAUCUGGAUGGUCAAAUAUUAGGUUAUGAUUUAAAUAUAUAGAAUCCACUUUAUAUUGUUGAUACAUCAUCUACUAUUCUGUUUUCACUUGUUAAAUCAUCUAAAUUUGUAGUAUCAGCUUCAAAAUGCGAUUAUGAAUAAGGUGGAGUAAUAUUUUGGAAUUAUAGUAAAACUGAUUUGUAUCAAAAUAAAAGAAUAAAGAUUUAUUCAGUAUAGAAAAUGACUUAAUCAAAUGACCUCUUAUAUGUGGUUGAUAUAAAAUAUAAGAUGCAUAUUUAUGAUUGCAAAACUAUAGAACUUAUAAAAACAUUUAUUUGCAGUGAAAGUUUUGUAAAUGAGAUAGCAAUAGACAAUUAGUAAAUUUUGUAUGUUUUGAAUCAAACAGGCUUAAAAUCAAUAUCAGAUAAUAAUUAAUGGAAUCAUCAAAGUUUUGAAGACUUUCCUUGUCUCUAAUGUAGAUAAUAUUACUAAAGUAAUCGUUUAUUUAUUAGUUAAAAUUUAACUGCUUUUGUGAGACAUCUACAUUAAUGUAAACAUGAAUAAGGUGAAAAUGAUUAAUGUUCAAUGAAAACAAUAUUGUAUUUAUUGUUUUGA